AAGUCACCUAAUCGUCCGUUUUCGUGUUCCUCUCGAAUCUAUUACUGCAGCACAAGAGAAAGGAAAGCGAAAGUACCAAAAAAAAAAAAAAAAAAAAGAAAGAAAAAGAAAAUGGGGAUAUGGGACUUGAUUUCAUGGUCAACCGACUCAGUGAAGGGCUUUUGGCAGAGCUCUUGCGAUCAUGGUUCCACAGUGAUCACAAAGGGAAAGGAAGUAUCAGUUGAUGCACUGCAAAAGGUGAACCAUCAUGGUUCCGCAGCCAUCAGCAAGGGCAAGGAGGUGUUGUGUACUGCACGGGAAAAGGUGAACCAUCACCUGUCUGACCCUGAAACUCGGUCAAAGAUCUCCAAGGUAGCUACCGAUAUUGCCAAGAAUGCUACCGUUGAGGGCCUUAAAACCAUCCCUGGUGCAUAUCCAACAUACAAAAUUGUAUCAAAGUCGAUAAGUGAUGAUGAUCAGAAGUUCAAAAGUGAGAACAAGUCCAAGAAACAGGAAGAAGCUUUGAAGGCAUUGCAAGCUACAGUAAGCAAACUGGAGAAAGAAGUCGAUGUUCUGCGCGAGCAAGCAGCGAGACAAGCUGUAAAGACAAAGCCUCGAAACAGAGUUCAAGCUUCUGAGAAACCAGAAGAUGAGAUGCAAUUCCAUUGGUUCAUCCUUGACCAUUUCUAGAGGAUGAAGGAAGAAUGUCAAGUAUAAUCUGUACUUCAUUGAUCAUUUUGUGUGAAAAUGUUCUUGUUUCCAACCUUUUUGUUCAAAUUACAAGAUAUGUUUUAUGCUGUAUGAACUAUGUCAAGGAUGACAAUGAUUGUGAAUGUAUCGUUCAAGUUUAGGCACAAAAAGAAAAAGUGUUUCAAGUUCAGAGUUUAAUCUUACAGGAUACAUUAAAGUAA